GUUGUGCCAACAUGGCGGCGCCCAUGGAGACAAGGCGGGCCGUGUUCACCUGAGGUGGGAACCGAGGCGUUUAAGGAAUCGCAGGCCAGAGCCUGUGAGCAGGGCCCCCCACCUUCCGAAGAUGGCCCCUGCUUGGCAGAGACUGGGUUUCCGAGUCGCUCUCCUGCACAGGCAGCUCAGCGGUGGGCCAGAUGUCCUCAGCUGGGGAAGGACAGUGCUUCCAGGACAUGCCCGGGGAAUUUACAGUGCCACGGGACAGUGGACGAAAGAGUACACGCUGCAGACCAGAAAGGACGUCGAGAAGUGGUGGCGUCUGCGAAUAAAAGACCAGGCCUCCAAAAUUCCCGAAGCCGAUAAGUCAAAGCCCAAGUUCUACGUGCUCUCCAUGUUCCCCUAUCCCUCCGGCAAGCUGCACAUGGGCCACGUGCGCGUGUACACCAUCAGCGACACCAUCGCACGGUUCCAGCGGAUGCGCGGGAUGCAGGUCAUCAACCCCAUGGGAUGGGACGCGUUUGGACUGCCUGCCGAAAAUGCCGCCAUCGAGAGAAAGCUCCAUCCAGAAAGUUGGACGCAAAGUAAUAUUCAACACAUGAGGCGGCAGCUGGACCAGCUGGGCCUGUGCUUCAGCUGGGACAGGGAAAUUACCACGUGUUUACCAGACUACUAUAAAUGGACCCAGUACCUCUUUAUUAAACUCUAUGACGCCGGACUGGCCUAUCAGAAGGAGGCCUUGGUUAACUGGGACCCGGUGGACCAAACAGUGCUCGCCAACGAGCAGGUGGAUGAACAUGGCUGUUCGUGGCGCUCUGGAGCAAAGGUCGAGCAGAAGUACCUCAGGCAGUGGUUUAUUAAGACAACAGCUUAUGCAAAGGCCAUGCGGGACGGGUUGGCGGACCUUCCGGAAUGGUAUGGAAUAAAAGGCAUGCAGGCCCACUGGAUCGGGGACUGUGUGGGCUGCCACCUGGACUUCAUGUUAAAGGUUGACGGGCAAGUCACAGGAGAAAAGCUGACCGCCUACACGGCCACCCCCGAGGCCAUUUAUGGGGCGUCCCACGUUGCUGUCACUCCCAGCCACAGACUCUUACACGGGCACAGCUCUCUGAAGGAGGCCUUCCAGAAGGCUCUGGUCCCUGGCAAAGAUUGCCUCACGCCCGUGACAGCCGUGAACCUGCUCACCCAGCAGGAGGUCCCUGUCGUCAUCUUGGCCAAAGCUGACUUUGAGGGCUCUCUGGAUUCCAAAAUAGGAAUUCCCAGCACCAGCUCAGAGGACACCGUCGUAGCCCGGAGCCUGGGCCUGCCCUACUCCGACGUCAUCGAGACUUUGCCAGAUGGCACGGAGAGACUGAGCGGCUCCGCUGAGUUCACAGGUAUGAACCGGCAGGAAGCGUUUCUAGCCCUGACUCAGAAAGCCCGGAGGACGAGAGUGGGUGGACAUGUGACAAGUGACAAACUGAAGGACUGGCUGAUCUCGAGGCAGCGGUACUGGGGCACGCCGAUCCCCAUGGUCCACUGCCCGGCCUGCGGCCCUGUGCCCGUGCCCCUGGAGGACUUGCCUGUGACCUUGCCCAGCAUCACGUCUCUCACUGGCAAGGGAGGCUCCCCGCUGGCCACGGCCGCAGAGUGGGUGAACUGCCCCUGCCCCAGGUGCAAGGGAGCAGCCAAGAGAGAGACAGACACGAUGGAUACCUUUGUGGACUCCGCCUGGUACUACCUCAGAUACACCGACCCCCACAAUCCUCACAGGCCUUUCGACGCAGUGUUGGCAGACUACUGGAUGCCCGUGGAUUUGUACAUUGGAGGGAAAGAACACGCCGUCAUGCACUUGUUCUACGCGAGGUUCUUCAGUCAUUUUUGCCAUGAUCAAAAAAUGGUCAAACACAGAGAGCCUUUUCAUAAGCUGCUGGCCCAAGGCCUCAUCAAGGGGCAGACAUUCCGCCUACCAUCGGGUCAGUACCUAAGGAGAGAGGAAGUAGAUCUCACAGGUCCCGUUCCUGUCCAUGCACGGACGAGGGAGAGGCUGGAGGUGACGUGGGAGAAGAUGAGCAAGUCCAAGCACAAUGGCGUGGACCCCGAGGAGGUGGUGGAGCAGUGCGGCAUCGACACGGUCCGCCUCUACCUCCUCUUCGCCGCCCCUCCGGAGAAGGACAUCUUGUGGGACGUGAAGACCGACGCACUCCCUGGCGUGCUGAGGUGGCAGCAGCGUCUUUGGUCCCUGGUGACCCGAUUCAUCGAGGCCAGGGCGUCCGGGGAAGUGCCCAAACCGCAGCUGCUGAGCAGCGAGGAGAAAGCCGAGGCCCGGAAGCUCUGGGAGCACAAGAACUCGGUCAUCUCUCAGGUGACCGCCCACUUCACAGAGGACUUCUCACUGAACUCAGCCAUCUCUCACCUGAUGGGGCUCAGCAGCGCCCUCUUGCAAGCCUCGCAGGCGGUCGUCCUCCACAGCCGCGAGUUUGAGGACGCCCUGGGCGCCCUGCUGGCGAUGGCUGCUCCGAUGGCCCCCCACAUCACCUCCGAGCUCUGGGCAGGCCUGGCACUGGUGCCCCGGAAGCUGUGCACGCACUAUGCUUGGGACGCCGGCGUGCUGCUCCAGCCGUGGCCGGCCGUGGACCCGCAGUUCCUGCAGCAGCCCGACGUGGUGCAGAUGGCCGUGCUGAUCAACAACAAAGCCUGCGGCAAAGUCCCUGUGCCCCAGCAAGUGGCCCGGGACCAGGAUAAAGUGCACGAGCUCGUUCUUCAAAGUGAGCUGGGCGCCAGACAUUUGCAGGGGCGAAGCAUCAAGAAAGCCUUUCUCUCCCCCAGAACGGCCCUCAUCAACUUCCUGGUGCAGGAGUGACGUGGAGGGGCAGGGACCACGAGGGCCUCUGAGGGACUUCCGUGGAGGCCUGGGCGCCAGGAAGACGUGCUGGCCCAGGGGCAGGGGAAAGACAUGUCUUGAACAUCUACCUUCAUGCCUCUGGGGCGUG